GUUUCGAGUCGCAAUAUACAACGGACACAGGCGCAGUGACCGGCUUAGAGAGACGGAGUGAAGUGACGUUGCCAGUAACACUGCGAGAAGUCCCGUUUUUUUUCCUUAGAAAUUUCCUCUGGAUAAUUUGGUCGUCCUUACCGAUCAAAGCUCGGUAAGCGCUUGUGCGCAUUUUAGUAAGAGAAACAAAGAGAAAGAGAGAGAGAGAGAAAUAAAAUCAAGUAGCAAAGCAAAGAGAGAGAGAGAUAAAAAAGGAAAGAUGGGAGCGAGACAAAGCAAAAGGUCCGUCGAUAUAACGACGACGCCAAAGAAGGAAGGUAUACCAAGCGAAGGUGCCGUUGUAGGUGAUGCCGCAACACCAGGUGAUGGAAAACUCGAAAGGAUCGAAGAAAGUGAUGCUAAACCGACGACCAAUGGCAUUGCUUAUCGUACCGACGUUACCGAAGAUAAGGACAAAGAUAAGGAUGAGGCUACUGAGAAGGAUAAGGAAAAGCAGGAAUCCGAAGAAGUAAAGUCGGAGGAUACGAAGCAAGAAUCGUCCGGCGAACCUUCAGCAGAAGGUGCGGAGGUUACAACGCCUACGGAAGGCAAUCCAGCCAGUCCCAACACUGUUGCUUCACCAGACAGCAAGGAACCUAAAAAAAAAGAUAAGAUGAGGAAAAAGUGGUCCCUCAGGUCGAUCAGCUUUAGCAAGAAGGACAAGAGCAAGCCGACUCGCGAGGAAACACCCAAGAAUGGAGACGUAACUAAAGAGGAGCCGCUUGCUGAGGGCGGUGAAGAUGGAGAGCAUGCAGCUAGCAGUUCAGCGGAAGACAAAUCUGCCGUAAGCAGUCCUUCGGAGAACGAAACUAGCAGUACACCAUUGACAUCCGCAGUAGAGGCUACAGAAGAAUCAGGAGCAGCAUCAGCAACGACAACGACGACAACGACGACGACAACGGCGUCGACAGCGGCGGCAGCGACGACACCAGAAACAGCAGCACCAACAACAGCAACGACGACACCACCAGCAACCAGCCCGGUAGCCGAGGAAAAGAAAGAGGAACCUACUCCCUCUGCCCCUACUCCCGUCCCUCUAGAGGAUAAGAAAGAGGAGGUCGAAAAAGUCGAGGCAGAGAAAAAAGUAGUCGAGGUCAGUCCAGACGGUGGUCAGUCCUUAGCGGACUCAAUAAAAGUCUCCGUCUUCCGAGUCCAGCCAGUCGAUACGCCGUCUAUCAUUGAGAGGAAAACCAGUGAGGAUCUCCCAUCCCAACUCCCAUCGAGCCCUCCACCAACUCCGAUCGAACCGUCGCCCUUACAACAAGCUCAGCAGGCAGCGGCGACGGCUGUCACUGUUACGGCUUUAGCUAAGGCUUUAGAAUUGCCUGUUGAACCUGUUGUAGAUAAGGACGUUACGACUGAAGUUAAUUCCACAUUACCAACAAUUUUACACCAAGACCCUCUAGAAGACGUUCCUGAAUUGUCAUUGUCCGCUCGCGUUUCUAACAAUGAUCCACUCGAACAAUCAUCUCCAAUUCUCUCGAACCUUGAAUCAACAACCAUUGAAAAGAUAAUAAUUCCUGUUGACGUAGAUUCCGCUCUAUUGCUUACAAAAGACGAACCUGUAGGUAUCGUAAACAAGACUGAUGAGACUGUUCCUAUACUGACGGAACCCGAUAAGACUAAUUUUCACUCCAAACUCGAAACUGUUAAGACUGAUUCAAAAAUGUUGGAAAAUGAAGCGACUAAUGUCGAAGAUAUUUCUAAAUGCACUUCCGAUAAUAUUAUUGAGGACAUCAAAACGACUGAGAAAUUAGAGACUAACGUAACAAAGGUAGAAACGACACAGGAAAAUGUUGAAAUUGUUAGCAAACCUGAAAAAGUACCAGAUGAACAAGCGCCGGAUGAACAAGCCAAUAAAUUCAUCGAAGAUGCCAAGGAGGUUAUUAUCGAGACACCAUCGUGCAAGGAGGAUAUCAUCAAGGAGGACAACAAGAUAAUCAUUUUGGAAGAUGUCGAGGAUGAUUCAAAUCCGUCCAAUGUGAUUUCAAAUCCUGAAGGAACAUGUAACGAACACAUUAUUGUCGAAGCCAAACCAGCAGUAGUCAUACCUUGUGAAGAAGUAGAAGAAGAAGUCGCUGAGAUAAUCGAAGAAAUGGUAGCUGAGGUAAAAACUACAGACUCCGUUGAAGUAAUCGAACCAAACGAAGAGAAAAUCGAAGCAGAACCGAUAUUAUCAGAUACAACCUUGCCAGUCAAAGAUCUUCUUGUAGAAGAAAUGAACAAAUUAGAUGUCUCUUCUAUCCCUGAAGAUGUUGAUGUGGAACUCGUUGAUCAGUCUAUAACGGAAAAGAUAACUGUAGUCGAAAAACUUGCGGAUGAAGAAAAAAAUAUAAUCGAAAUAGCUGAAGUCAAUAGUUGUUCAGUCUCUUUACCGAUAUCAGAAACAAAAGAAUUCUUAGAUGAACUAAUACCUGAACAACCACAUCUGUUACCACCACCACCGCCACCGCCAUCAUCAUUAACAUCAACUACCAUUACCGAAGUCGCUUCCAACGAGCAAUUAAGUGAAGUACAAGCAAAUGAAUCUUUAAAGGACCUAACAAAUGCCAAUGAACUCUUCUUGAGUUCACAAAAAGACACAAUAGUAACGACAAACGUUCCCACGGAAAGACAGAGUCCGUCCCAUACUACUAUUACGAGAAUUACCACACCACCACCAUCACCACCAUCUUCCUCACCUACUCCUCCUCCUCCUCCUUCUUCCUCCUCCAUUUCUACCAAAGAGGAAGAUACUUCUUGUCGACUUCAAAGUGAAUCUUCUGAGUUCCCAUUACCACCACCAAAUGAACUUACAACAAAAUCUCCUCCUUCCUCGCCUCGAUGUAACGUUAGUCAAACGUCCAGUAACAUAACAGAAAUCGUCCAAUCGUCAAUCACAAGUCCAAGUCCAAGUCCAAGUAAUCGAUCCAGUACAAGUAUCGUGUCUAGCACUACAACAGCCACAAACGAUUGCUCGCAAACAUUGUUGCACGACGACCAGACCGAUCGAGAUUUGAAGACGGAGUCGGUGUCUCAGAGCCUCAAUUCGUACAAUGAUUCAGAAGUUGAGUUGAAGGAGAGGUUAGCCCAAUCCCUGGCGGAGACGGAAAACCAGAAGGAAACCUUAUCGUGUCGAUCGUUGAACGACGAUGUCUCAACUGCCUUCCAGGAGAACCACCAGAGCACUCCGGAAAUCGAGAACCCAGUAGUGGAAAAGACCACCGUGACUAAUGAAGUUGGUACGACAGAAAGUAACGUUGAGGAAGCUCCAAAGGUGGCACCACCAGCCAUCCCGAUUGAAGUUCCAGCUUCGCCGCCAUCUGCACCGGCCAUUACCGAAGAUGUUGCUUCGGUCACUAAGGCCAUCGAGGAAAUCGACAUUAGUGACAAAGCAGUUGCAGCAGCGGUUAACGAAGCCAUUGAAUGCAACACGAACGAAAUAAUUGCCGACGCGCAUCACCAAAACAACAUGAACGAAUAAACGCCAUUAACCGAAUUCUAUCUUGGGAAGAAGAAAAUUCUUUUCUCUCGUUAAAACCAAAAAAAUAUAUUAUAUAGAUAUGUAUAUUUGGACCAUUCCUGCAAACUAAACCAGAAAAUAACGUUCUUUCGUUACGAGCAACAACACAAAAAAAAAAAGAUAAAGCAAGAAAUAAAUAAAUAAAUAAACAAGAUAAAGAAAAUAAAAAAAGGGAAAGAUGAAAGAAAGAAGGGAAGAAAGAAAGAAAGGAAGGAAGGACAGAUAGGCAGAAAGAAAGAAAGGGAAUGGCGAUGUUACCGCGAUAUCGCGAAAAUAAGAAGGAGAAGAAGAAAAGAGAUGAGCAUUAUAGACUUUAAAUAGUAGGCCUAUUAAUUAUUAUGAUGAAAACAAAAGCCGGCAGGGUGAUGAAUAAAAAAAAAAAGAAAAAAAAAAUAUAAGAUACAAAAGGAAGAAUUCAUCGCAAAAGAAGGGACUAAAAUGAUUGCAUUAUUUAAAGGAAGAAAGCGAGGGUCGCUAAAAAGGGUAUAUAAUAAGGGAAAGAGUAAGUGAACGAAAACGAUGAUUUUGAAAAAUAAAUUAAAAGAAAACAAAAAAAAGAACACAACAACCACUACCACCACCACCACCACCACCACCCACCACCCCAAAAACCCAUGUAUACGCGUUUGUGCGCAGAUUAUGAGAUUCUUCUUAAAAAUAAGAGAUUCAAAAUAAAAAUAAGAGGAAGACGAAAUAGUAGUAACUACAAGAACAACAACAACAAGGAAAAUAUUAAUAAUUAAAAUUAAAAUCGCAUCUAUCUCGUUCAGCGCGUAUCUCAGUCGCUCGUAACCGAAGGAUCAUUGAAUUCAUUUUUACCACGGGCCGAGCCCAGCCGCAGGUGGUUAAUAAUGAUUGGCCUUCCUGUGUAGGAAUUUAAACAAAAAUAGUAACAACAACAACAACAAUAAAAGAAAUGGUUAUUAUCAUUAAAGAAUUACCGAGAAAUAACAAAAAAUAAAAAAAGAAUAAUGCGCAUGUGAGCGAACGAAAAUCAAUCUUUCAAAGAUCACCGUCAUCUGUCAUCGUCAUCUAUCAAGGUCUUCAUUAUCAUCAUAUUCAUAUUCAUCAUCAUAAUCAUCGUCGUCGUCGUCGCCGUCGUCGUCGUCGUCGUCGUCGUCGUUAUCAUUGUCAUUGUCAUUAUUAUCAUUAUCAUUAUCAUUAUCAUUAUCAUUUACCAUUAUCGUCACUGUCGUCGUUAUCGAUAGACAAAUAUCUUUAUCGUUUAGCGUAUUUGUAUCCGGUUGGUAAUACUCAAAAAUGGCUGGUGCCCUCCCGUGUAAACAUUAACAUUAACAUUAUUAUAUUUCUAUGAGAGAAAACGAGUAUGAGAUCAUGAAUGGAAGGAUGAAUAGACGAGAAAAAGUAAGGAGACUGAUAGAAAAAGAGAAAGACGAGAGGAGAGAGGCCCUAGGGGGUGUGCGUGUAAGAUUAGAAAAAAAAAAAGGGUCGAAAGUAAGAAUUGUUUAGUAGUGUGUGCGUGUGUCGCGGAACGAAAGAAUGCGCGAAAGAGAUCGAUGCUCUAAUAAUUAAAAAAAAAAAAAAAUAAAAAAUAAAAAAAAAUAAAAAAAGAAAGGAAGAAUUACAAAUACAAGGAAGAAACGUGGAAAAAAAAAUAUAAUAAUAAUAAUAAUAAUAAUAAUAAUAAUAAUAAUGGUGUACGAUUUUACUUUCAUUAUUAAUUAUACGACGACGAAGGAAAACAAAAAGACCGCUACAGGCUCUAAUAAAACACUUGGCAAAAGAAAUGAAUAAUAAUAAUAAUAAUAAUAAUAUUAAUAAUAACAAUAAUAAUAAUAAUAAUAAUAAUAAUAACUAAGAAGAGAAAAGAUAGCAAUGAGACAGAAAGAAAGGAGAAAAAUGGUUUGGAUGAGCCAAAAGUUGUCGAAGCGCAAAUACGCAAAAACAAACCGCACGAGUGAUUUAAACGAAAAUAAAAAUAUAUGAAAAGAAAAAAGGGGGGAAAAAAAGGAGGAAAAAAGAAAAAAGAAAAAAGCUCGUAUCGCGAGAGAAAAUAAUUUCUCUUAAGAGGGAGGACAGUCGAUGAUAUACAUAUAUAUAUAAAAAGAUCUUUUUUUAUUUUAUUAUUAUUUUAUUUUAUUUUGCUCGUGUUUCCUUUCACGGACCUCUUGAUUUUUCUUUUCUUUUUUUUCUUUUCUUUUCUUUUCUUUUCUUUUUAAAUUUCGGUCUUUGGUUUUUCCUUUAAAUAUAUUUGUACGAUCAAGAAUUGUUUUUUUUUGUUUGUUUUUUUUUUUUUGUUUUUUGUUUUUUUCUUCUUUUUUAUGUUAUAUAACGAGGAACUAUACACUUCUAUUAUAUACAUUUUUAUGAUGUUUGGAUAAGCGCAGAAUGAAAAACACACGACUACUCUUGUAUUUUACGCAUAUAUAAAUGGAAGAAAAAAAAACAAUGAAAUAUACAAAACUAAACACAUUUAUCAAGAGAACAUUUUUACACGCACAUAAGUACGAUGAUACUUUCGUACUUUACCAUCCAUCACCCUACAACCAUUCACCAUUCACCGCCGCCACCGCCACCGCCACCACAGCCACUACCGCCACCGCCACCGCCACCGCCACCGCCACUACCACCACCACUACCACUACCACUACCACUAUCACUACCACUACCACUACCACUACCACAUCACUACCACUACCAUCACCACCACCAUCAUCAUCACCAUACCACUACGAAUACACAAACUUUUAAGUAAGAAAAAAAAAACAAGAAACGUUAUACAAUAAAGUCGAAACACAGUGUAAGUGAUAUUUAAUCUAGACGUAUAGGAAAAAAUACGUUCGUGUAAUAAAUACAAAAAAAAAAAAAAAACGAAAAAAAAAAGAAGAAAACGGAAGGGAAAAAAAAAUUCGGUGUUUGUUCGAUAAAUGAUAUUUCUCUUUUUAAAUGAGAAAAAGAAUUUACGACAUGAAGCCUAUCUCUCGUAAUUUUUAUGAUAAUCAUUAAAAGUAUCGUCAUCGCCUAAUUACAAUAAACAAGACACAAGCGUGCACAAUUUUACCGCCCCGAGAUAUAUUAGGAUGGGAAAAAAAAA